AUAAUUCAAUUUCGAGACGGUGUAUGUGAUACAUCUGAAAAAGCAAGAAAACGACACCGUUUACUGAAUCAAAGAGAGAGAAAGAACUGACCUGACUGGAACACAGGCAGUAGAGUACUAGUAAUCGGAAACAGAAAUGGCAAAGACGAUAAUGAGAUCACUAGCCAUGAAAGCUCUAAAGUGCCCUUCAUCGUCAUUUCUCUUCAAUCUAAGGCAGACCCAUAAUCCACGCGUCCAAACCCAAGUCAUCAGGGCAUUCUCCGCCCUUAUGUCACCGCCGUCUAAGGCGAUCGUCUAUGACCAGCAUGGUGCUCCUGAGUCUGUUACCAGAGUAGUAGAGAUGCCUCCAGUGGAAGUUAAAGACAAGGAUGUGUGUGUUAAAAUGCUUGCUGCUCCUAUUAAUCCUUCUGAUAUUAACCGAAUUGAAGGAGUGUAUCCUGUGAGGCCUCCAGUGCCUGCUGUUGGAGGAUAUGAAGGUGUUGGUGAGGUGCAUUCUGUUGGCUCUGCAGUUAAGGAUUUUUCCCCUGGUGAUUGGGUCAUUCCAUCUCCACCCACUUUUGGGACAUGGCAAACUUACAUUGUGCAAGAUCAGAGUGUCUGGCACAAAAUCAACAAAGACUCGCCCAUGAAAUAUGCUGCAACAAUCACUGUUAAUCCUUUGACUGCUUUAAGAAUGCUUGAAGACUUCACGACCCUAAAUUCAGGAGAUUCUGUUGUGCAAAAUGGGGCUACAAGUAUUGUGGGUCAGUGCAUCAUCCAGAUUGCAAAAUUUCAUGGCAUCCACAGCAUUAACAUAUUAAGGGACAGGCCUGGGUCAGAUGAAGCAAAAGAAUUUUUAAAGGAACUAGGUGCGGAUGAAGUGUUUACUGAAGGCCAAUUGGCAGUGAAGAAUGUUAAGGGUCUCCUGACUAAUUUACCAGAACCUGCUUUGGGAUUCAACUGUGUUGGUGGUAAUUCGGCUUCUUUGGUUCUCAAAUUCUUAAGGCAGGGAGGAACAAUGGUAACUUAUGGUGGAAUGUCUAAGAAACCUGUAACAGUAUCGACAUCAUCCUUCAUUUUUAAGGAUCUUUCCUUGAGGGGGUUCUGGUUGCAAAAAUGGAUGACUUCAGAUAAGGCAAAAGAGUGCAGAAAUAUGAUAGAUUAUCUUCUGUGCCUAGCACAAGAAGGGAAGUUGAAAUACGAGAUGGAGCUGGUUCCUUUUGACGAUUUCCAUGUGGCAUUGGACAAGGCACUUGGAAAGCUAGGGAGCCAACCUAAACAAGUUUUGAAAUUCUAAAUCUCAAGGACCUGUGCAUGGAUCCUACCUGGUACAUCUAUCGGUGGUGGCUUUUUUUAUUACUUCGGACUUCAUGUAACAAAUGCUGUAAUCGCUAAGUGCAAAUCCUUGAGUGAUUUUCCAGACAAACUGAGUUACCAAGUGAGAUAGGAAGUCAGGUUCUGUAAUUGUAUUGUGUAAAACUUGCGCAGUGUUAUGAAUCAAUGCUUGUUGUAAAGAUAUAAUAAAUCGUUGGCAAUCUCUUGUCCAA